AUGUUCUUUAGGAUAUGUUUUCUGUUCCUAGCCUUCAUUGCUGCAAAAGCAAGUGCUGCUUCGAUGGACAAACAGACAUAUAUAAUUCACAUGGACAAAACCAAGAUGCCAGCCCUGUAUGACUCUCUAGGCAAUUCCAGGCAAUGUUAUGAAUCAUUAAUUGAUUCCAUCAGCCAACUAUCAUCUCAAGAACCAGAAGAAGAACAAGAAACAACAUUUCCUCAGCUUCUCUACACCUAUGAAACGGUGACUUCUGGGUUUGCUGCGAUGCUCUCCACCAAACAAGUUGAGGCCUUGAGCCGAGUCAGUGGCUUUCUCUCUGCCAUUCCUGAUGAAAUGCUGACUCUCCACACCACACACACCCCCCAGUUCCUUGGAUUACAAAGAGGAAUAGGACUAUGGGAUGCUCAAAAUCUGGCUUCAGAUGUGAUAGUUGGGAUUCUUGAUACUGGAAUCUGGCCUGAACAUGUUAGCUUCCAAGACUCAGGCAUGUCAGCAGUACCCUUAAAAUGGAAAGGCACAUGCGAGAGUGGCACAAAGUUUUCACCGUCAGAUUGCAACAAGAAGCUGAUUGGCGCAAGAGCGUUCUUCAAGGGUUACGAGGUUAUUGCUGGAAGAAUUAAUGAAACAAUCGAUUAUCGAUCCCCUCGGGACUCACAAGGCAAGGGAACAGCACAAUUACCACUAGUGUAUGCAGGGACUGCAGGUGGCGAAGGGGCUAAGUAUUGUAUUAGCGGGUCGUUGAAGAAAAAGCUGGUCAUAGGGAAAAUUGUUGUUUGCGAGAGGGGAAUCAAUGGCCGAGCCCAAAAAGGAGAGCAAGUGAAAUUGGCAGGAGGAGCAGGAAUGCUUUUAAUCAAUACAGAAACUGGAGGGGAAGAACUUUUUGCAGAUGCUCAUGUUCUGCCGGCAACUUCUUUAGGAGCCUCAGCAGGUACAGCUGUCAAACAGUAUACGAACUCGAGUAUAAAGGCAACUGCUUCGAUUGCCUUCAAAGGGACAGUGUAUGGUGAUCCUGCACCAAUGGUGGCUGCAUUUUCAUCCAGAGGGCCUAGUUUAGUGGGACCAGGUGUGAUCAAGCCGGAUGUGACUGCACCAGGGGUGAACAUUUUAGCAGCGUGGCCAUCAAUGACUAGCCCAACUCUACUUAAAAGCGAUAAAAGAAGCGUAUUGUUCAAUAUAAUUUCAGGCACUUCAAUGUCCUGUCCUCAUGUUAGUGGCCUAGCGGUAUUACUUAAGUCAGUCCACAAAGAAUGGUCACCAGCAGCAAUCAAAUCAGCGCUAAUGACAACAGCUUAUGCUACAGACAACAGAAAAUCUCCAAUUGCAGAUGUUGGGUCCAUUAGUUAUGCAUCAGCUACCCCUUUUGCAUAUGGUUCGGGCCAUGUUGACCCAGAGAGUGCUUCAGAUCCAGGGUUGAUAUAUGAUAUUACCAUAGAAGACUAUGUAAACUAUUUGUGCAGCCUAAACUAUACAUCCUCUCAAAUGGCUCUAGUGUCCAGAAGUGCCGUCACAUGUCCUGACCAUAAGGCUCUCCAGCCUGGUGACCUGAAUUACCCUUCUUUUGCAGUGAAUUUUGAAGGCAAUGCACAAAAUAACAGGGUGACAUACAAUAGAACGCUGACAAAUGUUGGGAGCCCUUCGAGUACUUAUGCAGUAAGCGUGGAAGAACCCAAUGGAGUAUCUGUGAUCGUGGAGCCUAAGAGUUUAAGUUUUGAAAAAUUGGGACAGAAACUGAUUUACCAAGUGACUUUUGUUAAUUUAGGAGGAAAAGCCACCGUGAUCUUUGGGAUAUCUUUGUUUUUACUAGCCUUCAUGGCUGCAAGAGCAAGUGCUCCUUUAAUGGACAAAAAGACGUAUGUAAUUCAAUUGGACAAAACCAAGAUGUCAGCCUCGUAUCAAUCUCUACCCAAUUCCAAGCAAUGGUAUGAAUCAAUAAUUGAUUCCAUCACCAAAUUCACAUCUCAAGAACAAGAAGAAGACCUAGACACAGCACCUAUUCAUCUUCUUUACACCUAUGAAACAGUGAUUUCUGGUUUCGCUGUGAAGCUCUCUUCCAAACAAGCUGAGGCCCUGAGAAGAGUCAAUGGCUUUCUCUCUGCUAUACCUGAUGAAAUGCUAACUCUCCACACAACAAACAUCCCUGAUUUUCUUGGACUACGAAGUGGCAGAGGACUUCGGAAUGCUCAAAACCUGGCUUCAGAUGUGAUAUUUGGCUUUCUUGAAACUGAAAUCUGGCCUGAGCUUGUUAAUUUCCAAGACUCAGGCAUGUGUGCAGUACCCUCGAAAUGGAAAGGCACGUGCAAGCCAACAGCACAAUUACCGUUUGCUUAUGCAGAAACCGCAGGUGGCGAAGAUGCUAGCCUCAAUUAUACAUCUCCUCAAGUAGCUCAAGUGUCCAGGAGUAUAGUCAAUUGUCCUGGAAAUCAAGUUCUUCAGCCUGAUGACCUGAAUUACCCGUCUUUCUCAGUGAAUUUCAAAGGCAAAGCUAAAACUAACAGUUUGACAUACAGGAGAACCUUGACAAAUGCUACGCAACUUUAUGAUAUUUAUAGAGUUAAAGUGGAGGAACUCAAUGGAGUAUCGGUGACCCUGAAGCAUAAUAGUUUUGAGUUUUGA